AGACAUUGCAAGCAUUCAGUACUCAAGUUCCUUUUGCGAAUUUCAUUUGUUUCUAUUUCAGGGAAAUGCAUUUGGGUUUAUGCAAGAGCGGCCGUAAAGUUGAUUGUAUUUAUUUACAGCCCACGUGGCCGUUAAAUCCCUAUUGACUCCAACAUGCGGCCACAUUUGGAUCUCACUGUUCUGUUGGCAUUGAACGCGGUUAUAAUAUCAUCGGGUGAUAAGAUUGAUAUACCGAUACAAACAAUUCCACUGGCACCAAACGAAGCAUCAUUUCUUGAAAGUAAAGAUGUUUUAUUGCAAAUGCUAGAAAAGAAAUUAAAAGAAAUUAAAGAACACAAGAAAUUAAAAAAUGGUAACGGUGAAGUUUUGCCAAAGAACGUAGAUUUCAAUCUGAAAUCUAAUGGAAUUAGUGCCGUUGGCGAAGCUGAGCUGCUUCUGCGAUACGGUAGUAAUGGCCACGGAUUAGUGAAUAUGACUGCCGAAGGCAUAUCUAAUGUGGGAAGAGUGCAGCUACUUUUAGGGACUGGUGACAAUGGCUUACGUAUACCCGGUCUCAGUAAUCUGUUCUCUGGUUCAUCAGUCCGAUCCGGAAAUAAAAUUUACGACAACCAGCUACAACUACUCAGUCCGAAUGAUGUUAAUUUUGGAUUCAGAAGGCAAACUAACGUCUCAAGUGAUAAUAAUACUAAUGACAAAGAAGAUGAAGCUGCAAAAACAGUUAAUGCUGUAAAAGAUGAUAAAGCUAUAAAAAUAGAUGAAAAAGAUAAAACAGAAGCACUAAACAGUACUGCAACUGAUAAAACAUCGGUAUUAGUUAAAGCGGACUAUGUACCGAUAAUACCAAAAGCAAGCAAUACCUCAGCCAUUGUUGCAAAUAGCAGCCCUGUUGUUAACUCUGAUGCUUCUAUUAAAAGUGACACUGUUUCUGUUAACGGUGUUGCAAACAAUGGAGAAAGUGUAAACAAAGUUAAGUAAAUCAUCAAAAUAUACAUUUUUGUGA